UUUUUUACCCUCCUUUCUUUUCGCCUUCUUCUUUCAUCUCUUCCAUUAAGUUAAGCCUUGCAGAUUUCGCAUAUUUUUUCUUUUCACAAAUUCAUCAAAGGCUCAUCUCUUUCAUAAACUGUGUAUUUUUCCUCUCCUCGUUGAUCUCAUAAGUUUGAUAUACAUAACAAAUAUAUACAGCGGGAGAGGGAAAAACACAGACAAAUUAGAGAGCAAUAACACAUAUGUAUAGCCAUUUCAACCCAAUUCUUUCAUAUUGAAACUCUAAACGCUCAUCUUAACAAACUAAGUUGGAUCUUCCCCUUAAAAUCUGAAAAAUAGAGUGGGGAGCCUCCAACAAAGAAGAAGGCGCUAGCUUGUUCCAAAGCAGAACAAACAACUUGACUUCUGUGAAGAAUGGAGUUUGAUACUUGUCCCAUCAGUCAUUGCUCCAAAAGGAACGAGAAGAUUUAUCAAGAAUGGUUUAGUUUUGCUGAUUCAGAUGGGGAUGGACGUCUCAUCGGAAAGGAUGCCACCAACUUCCUUGCAAUGUCAAACUUGCCUCGUGAAGAUCUCAAGCAGGUGUGGGCAAUUGCAGAUUCCAAACGGCAAGGCUUUCUCGGUUUUAAAGAGUUUAUUACUGCAAUGCAGUUGGUCUCUUUGGCUCAAGCUGGUCAUGCAUUGACAAGUGAUUCCUUAAAUGCUGAAGUUGACUUGGAAAAUUUGCAACUACCUACAAUGGAAGGUCUGGAUGGACUUCUAGCUAAGAAGAAGCGUGUGGCAAAAUGGACACCUGACAGUAAUGGCAGUCUUUCGCUAUCUUCACGAGCUAAUUGGUUUUCAUCGUCAAAAUCUGCAAAGAAGGUCCCUUCAAACUAUGUAACAUCAAUAAUCGAUGGACUAAAGAAGUUGUACGUCAAGAAACUAAAGCCACUGGAAGUUACAUAUCAUUUCAGUGAUUUUGUCUCUCCUUUAUUGGCAAAUAGUGACUUUGAUGCCAAACCCAUGGUGAUGCUUUUGGGUCAAUACUCCACUGGCAAAACAACCUUCAUUAAGCAUUUACUCAGAACCAGUUAUCCCGGUGCUCAUAUUGGACCGGAGCCUACAACGGACAGAUUUGUUGUCGUCAUGAACGGACCUGAUGAAAGAAGUAUCCCAGGGAAUACAAUUGCCGUUCAAGCAGACAUGCCAUUCAGUGGCCUAACAACUUUUGGAACAGCGUUUUUGUCAAAAUUUGAGUGUUCUCAAAUGCCCCAUCCUCUGUUAGAGAAUAUCACAUUUGUCGAUACUCCGGGAGUUUUAUCAGGGGAAAAGCAACGAACACAAAGGAGCUAUGAGUUUACAGGGGUGACGUCCUGGUUUGCUUCCAAGUGCGAUCUCAUCCUGCUAUUGUUUGAUCCCCACAAACUUGAUAUUAGCGAUGAAUUCAAACGCGUGAUUGCAUCUCUUCAAGGUCAUGAUGAUAAGAUACGAGUGGUAUUAAACAAGGCUGACCAAGUUGAUACUCAACAACUUAUGAGGGUUUAUGGAGCGUUGAUGUGGUCUUUGGGAAAAGUUCUGAAUACCCCUGAAGUUUCACGUGUCUACAUAGGAUCAUUUAAUGACAGACCUAUAGAUGAGGAUCUCACCGGGCCUUUGGGGAAAGAACUUUUUGAAAAGGAACAAGAUGAUCUCCUUACAGACCUGAAAAACAUACCCAAAAAGGCUUGUGAUCGCCGUAUAAAUGAAUUCGUAAAACGUGCUAGAGCCGCCAAGAUACAUGCUUAUAUCAUAAGUCACCUGAAAAAGGAGAUGCCGACUAUGAUGGGCAAAGCGAAGACCCAAAAAAGACUGAUUGAUAACUUGGAAGACGAAUUUGUAAAGAUUCAGAAACAACACCAUUUGCCAGCUGGGGAUUUUCCAAAUGUUGAACAAUUUAAAGAAGCUCUGAGUGGUUAUAACAUUGACAAGUUUGAGAAGUUGAAACCCAAGUUGAUACAAGCUGUUGAUGACAUGCUUGGUUAUGACAUCCCUGAACUUCUCAAAAACUUCAAGAAUCCAUACGACUAACUAGGUACAUAGAGUACUGAGUCAUAUCUACAGUGACGGAGUCAGAAAUUCAUACAGGGGGAUUUAAAAAAAUUUAGUCACGCAUGGGAUUUGAACUUGUGCCUGGCGAUUUUUGUAUCCCAUUUACUGCUACAAUCCUUUUCUUAUGUCAAAGGGAUUCAACAGUCAUAUGUAACCAAAAUAAUUUGUUUUUACAAUAUUAUCUACUGGCGAAGGGGAUUCAAUUGAACCCCUUGGCUCCCUUUAGCUCUACAAAUGCAUACAUGCUGCGGAAGAGGUGUAUAAUAUGGAUGGUUGCAUUCUUGUUCCAAUUUUUUUAGUCUCAGAUUGAGAGUUUCCUUGAGCAUUUUGGUUGAUGACUGAUUACUAAAUUAAUGAUAUUAAUUAACUG